AUGGUAACGAGGGAUCUGACUCGUGUUGGUCUGGAGAAUGCAGAUGCCUGUCUAGUUCUUGCGAACAAAUAUUCCAACGACCCAGACGCCGAGGACGCCACCAACAUAAUGCGCGUCAUUUCCAUCAAAAACUGUUGCGCCAACAUCAAGGUCAGUCAAUCCGAGGAAUUCUAA